UUUCAGAUUACUGCUCACUGUGCCUACACCCACGAGUUACGCUCUCUCUGUCCUAAUGCCUCUCUCUAUCUCCCUCAUGUUAUCGUCACCAUGAAUCCGAGCUCAUCAAACGCUCAAUCGAUGGCGGCCUCGACCCCUACGGAUAGUUCCGGCAAGAAGGUGAGGAAGCCGUAUACCAUCACCAAGUCCAGAGAGAGUUGGACCGAAGAAGAGCACGACAAGUUCCUCGAAGCUCUGCAACUGUUUGACCGUGACUGGAAGAAGAUUGAAGAUUUCAUUGGUUCAAAGACAGUGAUUCAGAUACGGAGUCAUGCCCAGAAAUAUUUUUUGAAGGUCCAAAAGAAUGGGACAAUAGCACAUGUGCCACCGCCACGUCCUAAGCGCAAAGCUGCUCAUCCUUACCCACAAAAGGCAUCCAAAAAUGUGCCGCUGCAAGCAUCUCUGGCUUAUCCAUCAUCAUUGAAUACUCUCGUGCCUGGAUAUACUCAAUGGGAUGAUUCUUCCAUGCUUGCAAAUGCUGCAUCAAGUGGAAUUUUGCCAUCCCAAGAUGAAUAUGCCAAUCUUCAUGGAUUCGAAGCUGACAUUGGAUCAAAGGGGAUGGUAGCUAGGAUUACUAAGAGCAGUGUUAGUGGCAUUGGGAUUUCAAGCAGAAUGCUACCAUCUUAUGAGAUACCAAAGCAAGGGAAACAAGGUUCUGUUCUCCAUGGUAUACCAGAUUUUGCUGAAGUGUAUAGCUUCAUUGGAAGUGUUUUUGAUCCGGACACUAAAGGUCAUGUGCAGAAGCUCAAGGAGAUGGAUCCUAUUAAUUUUGAAACUGUUUUGCUAUUGAUGAGAAACCUGACCAUUAACCUAUCUAGCCCUGAUUUUGAGCAGAUUAGAAAGGUCCUGUCACCAUAUGAUAGUACCAAAACAGUAGGGGUUGCUGCAGGGGAUGUUGUCAAGAAUCAAAACAAUGACCUGUCAUUUUGAACAGCUGAACAAUUCUAGAUGAUGUUUUGCUAGAAUUUGUAUGUUUUCUUCACUGGUGUCAUGUGAAGAGACGGUUCCAGUAUUGCACGCAAAGUUUGGGGAUAUAGCAGCAAAGUCCCUGCCGUGAGAGUUUCAGAGGCUUGCUGAAGAGAAUUUCACCUGAAGACCAAAAGCUCAGAGAGAUCUAAAACUUCCCAGGUCCAUAAAGAUCUAAAUGUCAGUAGCUGUGAUACGAGUGUUGUUGCUAUUAUAGUGAUAUGGGGUUUUAAUAAUGUAUAUCUCAUGUAAUUUAUUAAGGAACAGUUUUUGUCUUUUCUUUUAGGCUAUGCCCCAAAAGUUUUGUGGAGUUGCCAAAUCUGUGUAGCAAUGAGAGUUUUUCAUUGUAAGGUCUUUUGCAUUAGCCUCCUGAAUUUUCAGUGCAAUUUCACAUGCUAGAAUUAUGUUCCA